AUGGCAGAAGAUGAUCUGUAUACAAAAGAUGGAACGAUUGAUUACCGUGGUAAUCCAGCGAAGAAAAAUGAAACUGGGACUUGGAAAGCCUGUCCUUACAUUUUAGGGAAUGAAUGUUGUGAAAGAUUGGCAUACUACGGGAUGAGUUCAAAUCUGGUGCUCUAUUUUAAGCAUCGUCUCGGUCAGCACAAUGAAACUGCUGCUAAUAAUGUCUCAAAUUGGUCCGGCACAUGCUACAUCACACCACUGAUUGGCGCCUUUCUGGCUGAUGCCUAUCUGGGAAGAUUUUGGACUAUUGCUUGUUUCUCAAUCAUAUAUGUGCUGGGAAUGACACUGCUGACAUUAUCAGCCUCAAUCCCAGGUCUGAAGCCUUCUUGUUACGAGAAGGAUGCUUGCCAUGCAACAGUCACACAAAGUUCUGUUAAUUUCAUAGCCCUUUACCUAAUCGCUUUAGGCACUGGUGGUAUAAAGCCCUGUGUUUCUUCAUAUGGAGCUGAUCAAUUUGAUGACACCGAUGAGGUUGAAAAGAAACACAAGGCUUCUUUCUUUAACUGGUUCUAUUUUUCUAUCAACAUUGGCGCACUUAUUGCUGCCUCAGUGUUGGUGUACAUACAAGAUAAUGUAAGUUGGGCCUGGGGCUUUGGUAUUCCAGCAGUUGCAAUGGCAAUUGCCGUGGUUAGCUUCUUUUCAGGUUCUAGGCUGUACCGAAACCAAAAACCAGGAGGCAGCCCAAUAACACGCAUCUGUCAAGUGUUGGUGGCAUCAUUUAGGAAGUAUAAUGUUGCAGUGCCGGAAGACAAGUCGUUGUUGCAUGAAAGAAAAGAUGCUGAAUCCGGAAUAGAGGGAAGUCGCAAGCUUGAGCAUACCAGUGAUCUUGUUUUCUUUGACAAGGCAGCAGUGGAAAUAGAAUCAGAUGCUGUAAAAGACUCUGUUAAUCCUUGGCGAUUAUGCACGGUAACUCAAGUUGAGGAGCUCAAAGCCAUAAUAAGAUUGCUUCCUGUAUGGGUUACUGGUAUCAUCUUCAGCACGGUAUAUGGUCAAAUGGGUACUUUGUUCGUGUUGCAAGGAGAAACUAUGGAUACUCGUGUUGGGAAUUCAACAUUCCAUAUCCCACCAGCAUCCCUGGGGAUUUUCGACACUCUAAGUGUCAUUUUCUGGGUUCCAAUUUAUGACCAGAUAAUCGUCCCAGUGGCCAGAAAAUUCACUGGACACAAGAAUGGUUUGACUCAGCUCCAAAGAAUGGGUACUGGCCUUUUCAUAUCCAUCUUCGCCAUGUUGUCUGCAGGAAUUUUAGAACUUAUCAGGCUAAGAAUGGUGAGAAGGCAUAGCUACUAUGAUCUUCCAGCUGUACCCAUGUCAAUAUUUUGGCAGGUUCCACAGUAUUUCAUCAUAGGUUGCGCGGAGGUUUUCACAUUUAUCGGACAGUUGGAAUUCUUCUAUGAGCAAGCUCCCGACGCCAUGAGAAGUUUAUGCUCUGCACUCUCCCUGACCACAGUGGCUUUGGGAAAUUACUUGAGUACUUUGCUUGUUACCAUAGUCACAAGAAUCAGCACAAGAAACGGAAGACUCGGCUGGAUACCAGAUAAUCUGAAUUAUGGUCACCUCCAUUAUUUCUACUGGCUCUUGGCAGUGCUUAGUGUGCUGAAUUUGGGAGCUUUUCUCCUGAUAGCCAAGUGGUAUACCUACAAAAAGCCAGUAGGGACACUUCGCUGA